AUGUAAUAAAAAUUAAGAUUAUACACAUACUUUAGAUCAUCAACUUCACAUAGAAUUAGAAUUGUUCUAAACCUGAAAGAGAUUGAUUAUGAACCAAAAUUUGUUAAUCUUCUUUAAGGUGAACAUAAAUCUGAAGAUAAUAAACAAGAAUUGCCAAAUUAGGUAACAAUAAUUUUAGAUUUUGUUAGGCUGUUCCUGCUUUACAUCUUCCUGAUGGAACAAUAUUAAUUGAAAGCAUGGCAAUUGCAGAAUAUUUAGAUGAAGUAUAUCCUUAAAAGAAACUCUUACCACAAGAUCCUGUUCUCAAGGCCAAGGUUAGGUAAAAUACUUCAUUUAAUACUUUUAGAGGCUUUUGUGAACUUAUUAAUUCUGGAAUGCAUCCAUAUUAGAAUCUAAUUAUGUUUGAAUGGAUAGAAAAAUAUGUAGAAAAAUUUGAUAGAGUUGAAUUCGUUCAAAAUGUGUUGAAGAGUGAAUUUUAAAGUACACAUCCAUAUUACCAUUAUAAUAGCUAUGGAGAAAUUAUUAUUAUAGAAUCAUGGUAAAUACUCUUUUGGAGAUGAGAUCACCUUAGCAGAUUGUUUCUUAGUUCCAUAAGUUAUGGGAGCUAUUGCAAGAUUCAAAUUAGAUAUUACAUUAUUUCCAACAAUAUAAGAAGUUUAUAAUAAUUUGAAAGACUUACCAUAAUUUUAUAAAGCAUAACCAGAUUAAUAACCAGACUUUAAAUGAUA